AUGAGAGGUAAUUUGGUGAUUAUCGCGUUUCUGUACGGGUUUUGUGAAGCCAGUGAAGGGUUUUCGAAGUCUCGGGGUGUUUUCGCUAAUCGGCUUAAAGGGAAAGUGCAAGAUGUGUCGAAGGACCAUCGGUUUUGGCCGCCAGGGACAAAAGAAAGCAGGUUUCUAUCACUAUUCACUGUGGUGACGUUCCCGAAUGGCGGUUGCGCGGGUGCAUCGGGUGAUAACGGGACUUGCAUGACGGCGCGGGAGUGUACCGCACGAGGGGGCUCCGCUAACGGCUACUGUGCAAACGGUUUUGGACUUUGCUGCAUAUUUAUGACGUCAUGUGGAAGUUCGACUUCUGAAAAUGGCACAUACUUCGUGAACUCAGGAUAUCCAUCUGUGUACGAUGGCACGGGUUCAUGUGAACUAACUGUGAUCAAAUCCCAUCCUGAUGUUUGUCAAAUAAGGUUGGAUUUCAACCGGUUCUCCAUCGCUGGCCCAGAGCAGAUGCAUAACGUCUGCAACCAAGAUCAAUUCAUUGUGUCUGGAGGUAACCCUGUACCGGCUAUUUGUGGAAACAACCAGGGAAGUCACAUGUACAUCGAUGCUGGUAUCGGGAUGACCAAUCCAGUAAAGCUGACAUUCGUGACGAGUGGACCGACGUUUGAGAGACUAUGGAAGGUCAAAGUGACGCAGAUACCCUGCAGCACUAUAUACAAAGCUGACGAAGGAUGCUUGCAGUAUUACACUGGUGUGUCAGGACAACUAAGGUCCUUCAACUACGAUCCUGUAUCUGGUCUGCAGCUUAGUAACCAAGACUAUGGAAUCUGCGUGAGGAUGGAAAGAAAUUUCUGUGGAAUCCAGUACACCGCUUGCCCUGACACUGUAAACAAUCGUUCCCGAUCCUUCACAAUAAGCGGUAACAGUAAUACUCCAGUCAACGCUAUGAUUGGGUCAGGUGCUGGGCCUAAUAAUUGUGCCAAUGAUUGGCUGUUGGUACCAUGUGGCACGAACGUUGGACGAAUUCAACCAGCUCAAGCAUUGUGUACAGACAGAAUUUGCGGUGGAACCUUCUCAGCUGAGCUGUCGAUGCAAGCUUCUACUGUACUGAGUACAGUAAAACCCUUCCGUCUAUGGUUCCACACGGACAACAUUGAAGCGCCAGUGGAUGUCGGCAACCGAGGGUUCUGCCUCAACUAUGUGCAGCAGCCCUGCACCAACAACUUAGUUUAA